UUGCUGGAGGCGUCAUGAUGUGUUGUUAUGCCCAUACGGAUGCCAUCAAUUAGUUACCUAGGCACCCGCUUCUCCAGAUGCUGCGGCAUUCAGCCACUGCCCGCAGGUUGAAUCCUCCGGGCUACGUGAUGUCCGUGUUCGGCGUGGACUGCACAACAUUGUCUUUUGGCGUCACACUGAUCCCGAUGCCGGCAGCUGGUCUGCUCGCCAUGCCGCUGAUAUUCUACAUGCUUGUCCGGCGCGUAGGCAUCGAAGCCGCCAUGGCUUGCGCCGCCUGGCUUCUGCUAACCACGGCCGCACUCGGCUUCUUCCUCGCAAGACUUCGUGCUGUCGAGCGAGUGAGCCUGAAAAAGCGUGACGAGCGGCUGAAGCGAAUGCUCGAGCUUCUCAACUCCAUCCGCACCGUGAAGAUGUACGCAUGGGAGCCAAACCACGCCAAGGUCCUGGAUGCACUCAGGUCGGAGGAGCUGCGCUGUGUCCUCAAGGUAGACAUCAUCAGCGGAGUUCUGGAGGCAUUCACCGGUGCCGCCAGUUCACUGCUCACAAUAAUUAUGUACGCCACCGUGUGGCUACUGCAACCCGCACGGAUGCUGAGCGCGUCAGAAUCCUUCUCCAGCGUCUACCUUCUGUCCCUCGUUGAAGCGUUCCUGAACAGCCUGCCUCUUCUCAUGAUCAUGACGAACAGGAUGUCUUUCGCCAUGAGUCGUGUGGUCAAGCUGUGCUGCGCUGAAGAAUCUGCAUGGGAAGAGGAAGAGAUGCCAGUAGAAAAUAAUCCUGAAGCAGGUGAAGUGAUCCUGGAGAAGUGUUCCUUCGCGAGGAUCAAGAAGCGCUGCGGCUCUGUGUGCCUGCGGGACAUCAGCUUGAGGGUCGCCCCGGGUUCUCUGGUGGGCAUCGCGGGACCUGUGGGCAGCGGCAAGUCCACCUUGCUCCAGGCUAUCCUGGGAGAACUGCACACUGUGCACGGUACCGUUACGGUGAAAGGUAGAGUGGCCUACGUGCCGCAAGUUGCCUGCGUGUUCAACAUGACUCUCCGGGAUAACGUGCUGUUCGGAAAAGCGUACGAGCCCGACCGCUACCGGGAGGUACUUGAAGCCUGCGCCCUGACGAGAGACAUAUUGUCGUUACCGGCCGGAGAUCUGACCGAACUUGGAGAAAAGGGUUACAACCUCAGCGGUGGACAGAAGCAGAGGAUCUCCCUGGCAAGGGCGGCAUACCAUGACAGCAGUGUGUACAUUCUGGAUGACCCGCUCAGCGCACUCGACGCUAACGUCUCGACAGCGGUGUUCAAUCGAUUGCUGGGCAGAAAAGGUCUUCUUAGCAACAAGACGAGGCUGAUUGUCACAAGCCAAACCCGCUUGUUGGAGCACAUGGACUAUGUGUUCUUCAUGUGUGGAAAGACGGGAGCGGUACUAACAAAGCCGGCAGGCUUGUGCAAGAACGGAGGGAUGCGCAACAUGCAUCACCUGAAGACAUCCGACAUCAAUGGCUGUAACAGAAAGUGUCAGCAGGAUUCAAGGGAGGAUGUCUUGAAAGGAAAACUUAUCCAAGACGAGAACACCGUGCCAACUAAGGUCUUGCGUGACGUAAUCUGGAACUCGCUGAAGUCGUGCGGUAUAGGCAUGGUGCCUGCAAUACUGUUGCUGGCGGUGAGCUCGGUGGCAGCGUCGUGGCAACUGGUGUGGAUCAAGCGCUGGACGGACGCCGCCACUGUCAAAGGCGAUCCAGGCGACCCCAUUUGGGUUUGGGGACUCGCCGUGCUCUCGGUGGGAACGGUACUGUCACGGGCGGCCGGCAACGUGCUGGUGGCGGUGGGUGCCAACCGGCUGUCACGACUUCUCCACCGCGACAUGCUCGACCGAGUGCUGCACAGCCCCGUCGCUUUCUUUGACUCGACUCCACGCGGACGCAUACUGAACCGGUUCACGGCCGACGCGAGCACUCUGGACACCCGGCUCGCAUCGUACUCGCGCCAAACGGUGCAGAACAUCCUGCUGGCCAUCGCCCGCGUCGCCGCCAUUGGCACCGAGCGAGUGGCCGUGCUUGGCAUCAGCGCAGUCGUCGCUGCUGUCUUUGCAUUCGGCAUGGUCUGUGUAUUCCUUGCACCGCUGAUCUUGGGCCUUGCUAUUGCAGAGAUCAACCAAGAGGUUCAGCGGUCACUGGAAGUACCAGAAGUUCCAGCAUUGCCUCAACCACGGCCGGAAGCUACGCCUCCGUCUCCCGCCGUCAAGGUCCACCUCUGCACCCAUCCGCCUCCGCACCCUGGCGCGGGUGCGGAGGCGGACCUCGGCGACAUCAGUCCAACCCUACCCAUGACCCUGGAGGGAGCACGGCUAAGUGCCAGUCAGCUGAACAAGAUCACGAAGAAGAACGAAUAUCCUGAUGUCGCAAAACUAGGCCAGCUGGUUCGAAGAGAAGCCUCCGCCGAAGGGAAGACGGCCGUGCAUCCUGAAUGGCCCACUGAAGGUCGUAUCGAGUUCCAGGACUUCUGUGCUUCAUACCAACCAUCCAAACUGGAUGACUGCCUUAGUCACAUCACGUUAACCGUCCUACCGCGCGAAAAGGUGGGCAUCGUGGGCCGCACGGGCGCCGGAAAGUCCUCGCUGGUGCUGGCCCUGCUGCGCGUCAUCAGGGCAACCAGUGGUCGCAUCCUUGUCGACGGCGUCGACAUUGCGUCGGUACCGCUGCGCAGACUCCGCACCGCUAUCACUGUCAUACCACAGGACCCCUGCCUAGUGGACGGCACACUGCGCUCCAACCUGGAUCCUCACGAGUGCCAUUCGGACGAGGAACUACAUAGAGUGCUGCAACAGACUCACCUUGCAUCGUACGUGCAACGGCAACCCGACGGGCUCCGGCUACGCACCGGAACGGGUGGUGAGCGCCUAAGCGUGGGCCAGCGGCAGCUGGUGUGCUUGGCGCGCGCCCUCCUGCGGAGACCCAAGAUACUGGUUCUGGAUGAGGCCACUUCGCAGAUGGACGGCGACACGGACAGCCUGAUUCAAGCCACACUCAGGGACAGCUUCGCCGCCAGCACCGUGCUCACGGUGGCACAUAGAAUACACACAGUCCUCGACUACGACAAAAUACUCGUCAUGAGCGAUGGCAAGGUAUUGGAGUUGGCAUCCGUGCAAGAUCUUCUUGAAGACCCAAGCUCUACGUUUUUCAACAUGGCUAAAAGCGCAGCCAUAUCCCAAGGCAACAAGAGCCAAGAUGCAGAGGAAGAAUUUGCACCAAGAGAAUACACUCGGCUCUGAUCUUCAUGUUACCAUUUGUGAAUAAAGAAAAUAUGU